GCCAUCUUCAUAUAUCGGUGUGCGAAUCCGUGUGAACUACAAGCAAUUCCUAUUCACAAUAUGACUACGCACGAGCAUUGAAAAUGUGAAUCAUGGACGGCACUGAAAAUAUAUGAAACAGUUGAGGAACUGUUGCAACGUGCCCAGUGACUUGAAAGGCAGUUGUGACAAUCGAGCCUUUCAAAAAAAUCAUAGACACGACUUAUAUAUUAGGCUUAGGUGCUUCCUAUUGCGCUUAUAACCAAUAUUAAAAGGAGGCGUACGCAAAUUAUCGGCCACGAUGAUAAUCGAGAACGCAGAUGCGCUGAAAAGCUGGCUUACAGGCUGCCUAGAACACAUGUGUGAUGCUGACCCCGCCGCUCUCGCAAAGUAUGUCAUGGCGCUUGUGAAAAAGGACAAAAGCGAGAAGGAGCUCAAAGACAUCUGCUUGGAUCAGCUUGAUGUCUUUCUUCAAAAAGAAACCAAACCCUUUGUGGACAUGCUGUUUGAGACCCUGUCGAACAAGUCGUACCUCCAAGGGAAGCCUUACGUGCCAGCAGGAAGUGCACCCGCACCCUUGCCUGGUGCUGUGCCCAACUCUCCUCAACAGCCGCCGCCACCCCAGGCCCCUUCAGUCACGCUGGUGCAGCAGUCCAGCAUGGCUCCAUCUGUGCCUCCCCCUGUGCUGCUCGCUGUGCCGGCGCAUAAGGAGGGCGCGGGGGGGCUCGGUGCCGCAGGGCUGGCCCCCGCUCCACUGCCACGAGUUGCUGCAGAAGCCUCUUCCCUGCCCACUUCCACUGUGCUGGGUGGCAACAAGCCCACAGCAACAACUGCAACCGCUGCCACUGCCGCUGCCAUACCUGUGGCGGCAGCCACUGUUGUAUCUGUUCGCAAAGAUGAGGUGCCUCCAACAGAAGAGGACAAGGAACAAGCAAGAAGCAGCCACCGAAAGUCAAAGAGCAGGUCACGGAGUCCCGUAGGGGGCAGGAGUCGAAAUCGGAGUCGAGAGGACGAACGCCGGUCCGGACGACGGUUCUCAGACGAUCGAAGACGCCGCACAACGGAAAGGAGGCGGCAUGAUGCUGGAAACCGACAUCGGGGAGACACAACUCGGAACCGUUGGGCUGGAGAUGACAGAGCAGCUCGGUCAGCAGGCACACGGGACCGGUCACAUAGUGGCCGUCGAUCUCGUUCACCAUCCCGUUCGCGUUCACGGUCUCCUAGGUCACGCAAUCGUUCAAGAGAUGGAGGCCAACGUUCAGAGGUACGGAGCUCAGGCACACACAGUUCAACAACCAAUUCCGCCCCGUCAGAGCCACGUGCCCCUGACACACCACAUGGUGACACUGACUACAGACCAGGACAGCCACCACCUGCCGCAUCGACAACUAUGUCAUCAGACGCUGGGCAGAGCUCGACCACUUUCCAUGCAAAGGCUUCCAAGCGCUGCCGAGAUUACGAUGAGCGAGGGUACUGCAUGCGUGGCGACUACUGCCCCUUUGACCAUGGCAACGACCCUCUCAUUGUGGAGGACGUGUCAGUACUGCGCUUUGGCCUGUCAGGACCACCCCCACCCCCGCCACCCAACUCCGCCUUGCCCCCUCAGCCAGCACUGCCCCAAGGUGUGCCCUCACUGGCCCAACUGCAGCAGGUUUUGCCACCCAUGGUGGGCAGCAGCCAGGAGUCUCUGCCGUCAGCAGCAGCAGCCGCCGCAGCAGUCGCCGAGCCGUACAACCCAGAAGCCCCAGGCAUGGAGCGUCCCCUGAGAGUGGGGCCGCCCCCUUUCUGGGGCCCACCACCAGUCUUCCACGCAGCCAGGGCCCCCCACAGGGAGCUGAUUGGAGUGCCAACUGUGCCCCCUUCGCAGGCCGACUUGAGUCAGCCUCCGCCACCGCCUCCGCCUGGGCGCACUGUUCUCGGUCCGCCAAUGGGUCCUCCUCCUCCAGGCCUUGUGCCUACGGAGGAAGGGGGCGCGCUGUCCGCUGCCCCUCCCCCUCCGUUGCCCCAGGGUCCGCCGCCACCCAUGCGAGGACCACCCCCACCACCGCCCCACCAUCAUCAUCCUCAUCACCCUGGUGGCUCGCAGGGAGGGCCACGCUAUGGAAGAGGGGGAAUGCACGGCAGUGGUGGGCGGGGUCGCAUGGACUAUGGUCGUGGUGGCAUCAACAACCGGGCAGCUAACCACUACGACCGCUGCGAGCUUGAAGUGCGCAAGGUGCCACGAGCUCUCAACACAAUCACUCAACUGAACAACCACUUCUCACGCUUUGGAAACAUCGUGAACCUUCAGGUAUGCUAUGACGGAGAUCCCGAAGCAGCCCUGAUUCGUUUCUCAAACCAUGCUGAAGCCAAUGCUGCAUAUCGGUGCACAGAGGCAGUGCUGAACAACCGUUUCAUCAAGGUCUUCUGGCACAACAAGGACCGAAAUGCGGUGCCCACCGCGAAUGGCAGUGGAUCUGUGCAGGACACUUCUGGUGCGUCUGUCGCUUCUGGUGGAAAUGCUGGAAUGGCUAACCAGCCCACCAAUGGUGCCACAGGUGCUGCUGGUACAACGGAGACGUUACCCACCAAAAACAUCAAGGACCGGCUAGGUGCACCCCCUGUCGAAAAGUCCGCUGUGUUCAACCCCAUUGCUGGAAACUUGUCACGCACAGUGUUCAACCCUGCUGCACUGAAAAAGAACAAUGUUAUCAACACUGGCCUGCCUAAGCGCACAAAAGAGGAGCAGAAGACUGAAGUAAUCAAGAAGAAAGUAGAAGUACAAAGUCAAAGGCAAAAGCUUUUAGAAAAGCAUCUUCAACAGUACAAGCUUUUGCUCGAAAAGCUUGGAAAGUGCAAGACGGAGAAGGAACGAGAAGAAAUUAAACAGACGAUAGCAACCCUACAGCCGGUGAUAGAGAAGCUGCAGGUCGACUUCAAGAAGGUGACCAACGAGCUCAUUUCAAGUAGGGCACCCAAGGCGGGAAUGACGACUUCUACCGUGGCCGGGCUCAAAGUAGACGUGCCACAUGGUCCUGUUGGACGAACACAAGCAGAGAAGGAGCUCCUUGAUGCGGAGAUGGACCUUUACAACAAAAUGCAUCGUGGUGACGACACGACGGCAUUGCGCAAGCGAGUUCAAGAGCUCAGGCAACAAGCUCGUGCCUUGGGUCUCCUUGGUGGCCAGUGGAAGGGAAGCAGAGGGGGUCCCCCGGGUCGCCGGGGGGCGCUCAGAGGAGGCCGGGGAGGUGGUGCCGCCCUGCGCAGAAGCCUCAACGUCAUCGACCACCGGCCACGCAAGGUGUUCGUCCAGGGCAUGGAUGAAGGGGACAAGGAGAACCUGCAGGCGCACUUUGCUCAAUUCGGCGAGGUGGAAGGCGUCGAGCUUCUCAAUUCCGGUCUUGUAAUUACAUUCAAGACACGAAAGGAUGCUGAGCUGGGUGUGUCUCAAGGGUGCGAGUUCAAGAACAGGCCGUUGCAGUGGGCAUGGUUCAAAGAGCCAUCACGGACAGCUUCUACGAGUGAUUCUGCAUCAGCCUCAAACCUGACUCAGGAUGACUUGGCAGCAGAUGAUGAGUCAAACCUGGCCUUGGAAGAAGACCUUCUUCUUGUGGACGAUGAAGAAGAGGAAGACAGCGAAGCUCGCUCCUGGCGACGAUGAUGGCCUCACCUUCAACUGUCAUCCUUCUUAUUUUUAUUUUUUUUUUCUAUUGUGACGCUUAUUGUCAACUUUCUUGCGCGCUCCAUUUAUAAUGUAUUUCUGUACAUAUUGUGGCCUGUAUGUCACUUUUUUUUUUUUUUAACAAUCUUGUGCAUACAAAAUAGUACACCCAAACAUGCCACAACACAACAUGGUGAAAGCAGAGCUUUGUUUUCAUUUUUCUUUUGUUUGUGACUCGCAUAUUCGUAGAUGUUGCUAGUUUCACCGUCUCUUUUUUUUUUCCAUUUGUAAUUGACACCACCGUUCCAUCCUUAGUUGUCUGCAUUCUUGCAUGGGAUUCACUGAGGCAACUUUGAUUUCCCAUGCAGUUUUCGGCAAACUCUUUGGGCCAGUUCCGAACCCGAUGCUAGAGUCUUGUAGCAUCUUAGUUAUUAAUGAGGGAAUGCAUACCUUGGAUCUGGUUUUAGGUUAUCGCACCUUCAUACAACAUUAACCUCUUCAGUUUUUUCUUUUCUGCUUCAAAAAAAAAAACUUUUUCAGUUAAUGUGCUAAGGUUCGAAACAGUCUUUUUCUCUUCCAGUUUUUAUUUUAUUUUGAAUAUAUAUAACUUGGUUACAGAGCUCUAGACUUAUUUUCAUGCUAGUCGGCUUUGCGCCAUUUUGACGUGAUGGAAGGCAGUGACGUUGUUUGUUUAGGUCAGCUAGUGCAUUUGCCCUAGCAUGGUGGUUAUCAUACUGUGCUUUAGGAUUCUUUUUUCCCGGUCCUGCUGAAUAUGUAUUCAGUGCCUUUAAGCGACAACUUUCGCUCUGCUGUUCAAUUGAUUAUCUUGGCCCAAUCUCGGCUGUUUUUUUCCUCCUUUACUCUUUUCACAAUGAGUUUUUCUUACUUUUUUUCUUGCUUGGCAAGGUGUGUAAAUAGUUUUUUUCCGUAAAAUAAAAUUGCAAUCAGUAUGCAACACGUUACACAUGCAACAGAGACACAGCAUGCAUGGUAUGGAUCUUGCAACUGCAAAAAAGGCAAAGACAAAAAAAAGAAAGA